AUGGGGAAGCGUGACUGGCUUAUUCUCGCUCCGCUGGCCGUCCUGUAUCUGGGUGUUCUGUACUACAUGACGCUCCAUGGCCGGCUUCCGUUGUUUGGCGCGUCCGGUCUGUUUCCGCUGGAUGACAACCCGUCGUCCUACGGCGAAGAAGUGCUGAUGCAGAUUGCUAAGGGUUUCGAGGUCUACGCGUCCAGCGUAGUCGAAGCCGAGUCAGAAAACAGGCUGCUUGAGAUGCUGGGAACUGCUCAUGGCGUCAUUGGGGACGAACGGGACUUAGACACUUGA